AUGGUCACACUCUCAGGCCUAUCGCAUAUGCUACGAUCUACGCAAUUGCUGUCCAUUAGAGCGGAAAAGCUCGAGGAAACCGAAUCAGCGCUUCCUGGCAUCAAGCGCGGCAUUGCAAUCGGUGCAGCGUGCUCUGUAUCAGUCGUCCUCAUCGCCAUCCUCGCUUUCCUAGCCAUCAGACGACGAAACCGCAUUCUUGCCCAGAGAUUGCAACACCAGACACCGGAAGCACGAGGUGUGGAAGCGCAGCCUCAAGAGAAGACUUGGUGGCCGCAUGCACCCCCACCCGUCCUGCCAGUAGCAACGUUACCACCUCCACCACCACCCGUCGAAGUCGACGCUCAUAUAAUCCAUGAGCUCGACGCAGGACAAACGCCCGAGCUCCACGGCGAAACUCGUCCACAAGAAGUAGAUGGAAUUGGCAAACCCCAGAAUGCGCCGGAAGAAGCAGAAGAGCUGUACGUGCAAAGGCUGAAGCAAUGGAAAGACUGGAACACGGUAUCCGAGGCCGAUCCCGCGCAGCCAAAUAACGAAGUGACGCGGUGGAGUGUACCGCUGUUGAUGGUUUCGCCGCCAGGAACCACGCGCGGCGAUGUGUCUCCGUUGCUGCGCUCGUCGUGGGAUCUCUCUUCGCGAGGCGCCUCGCCGAUAUCGCCACCUGCAACCGCCCACUUUCCACCCGGACACGUGCCUUGA